CAAUUUUCACGUGGGUUUCUGAGACUUUGGCUCUGUUUUCAACUGUUUCAUUUGCUUUAAUGUGAUGCCUGCCAUCUGUUUGAUUCAAAUCUCUCUGGGUUUCUGAUUUUGUGGUGUUUAUUUGCUCUCUGGAUUGAUGGGUGUCAUGAAAUAAUGAAUUUAUCUUCUUUGGUAGUUGUUUGUUGGAGGUUUAGACUUUAGAGUCAUUUAAUGCUGUCUUUUGAGGAUAGUACGGUUGAGAAAAGUUAAUAGAGCCAUGAAACUAAUUAAUUGAAGCUCUAGUCUGAACAGAACUCAUCCGCCAUGGAAUUAAACCAGCUAAAAGCAAUUAAUUUAACAAGAGUUUUCCCAAUUAGAUACAAAAAUUUAAUGGAAAUUUCAACUAUCAAAUGUUUGAUUAUAUUGUGAUGGGCCAUGCUUACAAAUGAGUUGGUUGCAGCAAAGAUCCCAUGUUCCAAAGUUCGGAAACUGGGACAAUGACAAUGUCCCAUACACAGCCUACUUCGACAAUGCCCGCAAAGAGAAAACCGGUCCUACUGGAUUGAGGAUAAACCCUAACGAUCCUGAGGAGAAUCCAGAAGCCUUUAUGUUUGGGAGGAGUGAAGCCACUCCUCCCCAUCAUCUCAAUCCACAGAAGCCCCCCCCAGAAGAAAACAACCAGGUAGAGGGGCACAGGAGGCGGGAUUCUCACCGGAGAAGCACUUCUGAUCAUCAGCAGAGGAGUGGGGGUACUAGUAGGAGCAUCAACUCUGAAUCUGGCAGCGAGAAAAGCAACUUGGAUUACUCCCAUCUCCGGAAGAAGAGUCAGCUCAGUGAUGGUGGUAGUAGUAGCCUCUCUCCCUCGGUCCCAGGACCUUCGCAUACUAGACUGAAAAGCAUCGGAACUCCUCCGCCUGAUGAUCAUGCUCACAGAGUGGCAUCAGUGCCCAAAUUUGGUGCUUGGGAUGAAACGGACCCUACUUCAGGGGAAGGUUUUACUGUGAUUUUCAACAAGGUCAAACAGGAAAGACAAGUUGCAGCUACCACGCUUCCAAGAGCGCCCCCACCACAAAGUGCUUAUUCAAACAGCCACAAAAAGCAUCAAAAUUCUUCCUCUGGAUCAAAGAUAUGUUGCUGCUUCUCGGCGGGGAGGGACUGAUGCACACGGCUUUAGCUUCUCCAGCCCCUUCAUAUAAGAAAGACACAUUUUCAUACAUAUUAUUAUUCAAUUUUUUUUCUCAGCAUAUUGACAAAGGAUUAUCCAUUGUAUAAAUUUAUUCUUUUAUAUUUAUAUAUACCUUUGCCUGA